AUGGGCACAACCCUGACUCAACUGAGAAAUCGUCCCAGCUGUAUUUGGAAAAAGUCAGUGUUCUGGGUCAUUGCCCAUGACCGAGCCGGCUGCCGCCGCCGACAGCACUUGGGCCGCUCCCAGCAAAGCCCCGAGGUUCACCCGGUACAGCCCGGGCCGGCCCAGCCGCUUGAAGCCCCGGGCCCGCUCCGCCUCCCGCCCGGCCCCGCCGAGCACUCUCGGGCGCGGCGCCCACCCAGGGCCGAGGGCGGCGGCGGGAAAGCGGCGCGGAGGGAGCGGGGCCCGGAGGGAAGGCGGCACCGGGCCGGCCCCACAGGCCGCGGAGGGCGCGCCGAGCUGAGGCGGCGCCGCGCCGGGAAAGCCACCCCGCCGCCCGCUCUCUGCCAGGCCCGGGCCCGCCGCGCCUCUGCCCAGGCCGCGCCGCCAGCCCCGCUCCCCACCGCCAAGGACAGGGCUGCCCGGCAGGUGCCACCGCAGCCGCGCUCCGGCCGGUCGCGGUUCCCCCGUCCCCGCUCUCACCGUGCACGCCGGGCCCGGGCCCGGCCCCGCUCCCGCCGGCUCCGCGGCCCCGACGCACCGAGCGGGCGGCGCGGCGCGAGCGCGACCCCGCGCGGGCACGUACCCGGGGGCGGGACUUGCGCGCGCGCGCGGCGCCUGGCAACCAGCGGCACGAGCGCACUGCGGCCAAUCGGCGCCCGCCGACGGCGCUGGCCACGCCCUCCUCCGCCCCGCCCCGCCAAGCCGCCCAAUGCGGCCACGCCCCCGGCCCAGAACUCCGCCCCAGAGCCCCGCCCACUCCCCUGGGGCCCGCCGCACGCCCCCGCCUCUUCCCCGCCCCCAGGCCCCGCCUCACUGGCGCAGGACCCGUCCCCGCUGCUCCAGACCCGUCCCCUGUGCGCAGGCCCCACCCACGCCCCUCGCGUGUCCGCCGAGGGGUGA